AUGCGUGGGACUUUCAUUCUUUCUUUGCUUUCUGCGGCGCUGGGCGCCAGCGCUGCUGUUUCUCAGUCUAACCUGAAGACUCAUGUCGAUGUGCUGGCACUCGACUACGCCUUUAACCCCGUGAAGGCCGCUUACUGGACUGGAUAUCCUCACCACCGUCGUACUCCUUUUGCGGUGUCGCCUGAUGGGAAAUCAGCCUACAUUGCCUAUCUUGACUCCAGUGCCACAGAUGUUCAUGUGCAGCAGCUGGAUCCUACCACCUUUGCUGCUACUGCUGGGGGUCUUGUGGCCCACAAUGAUGGAUUUGCCCUUCUGACCAACGAGGCGAUGCCUUCUGGCACCACCAAUGCACCGCCGAGUGGAACCCCUGUCCCUGUGCUAUACCGCUACACCUCAGGAAAGCAGACAUGGAAGACUUGGCUGGGUGGACCUGGUGUGCACGAGUCCGACGGACUUUCUGCCUCUCCCGACAUGAAUGGUGAUCUCGUCUACUCCGAGAGUGCAGAGCUCUACGGUGCAUACUUUGUCGUGACUGAUUAUACCGGGGACGCAUCGGGCCAUUUCGGUGACAGCGUCGAGUAUGUCUCUGCCAGCGGGACAUUGGAGACAAUCGCUGGUGCUAGCAGUGCAUGGGGCUGCAGCCACAACACUGGCAUUGCAUUCGAAGCAGCCGAUGACGCCCCCUUCGCCGGCAUUUGCGCCGAAGAUCAGGGCGCGAUCUGGUUGAAUACGAAGACGCAAGGAAUGUCGAACGAUGGAGUCAAAAUCUCCAACGAGAACACUACCAACGGUGCGUCUGGUGAGCCUAUGGGUGGCAUGUCUGGUAGCUACAGUGCGCUGGCUCGGUUUGCCGAUACUACCAAGUAUAUCUUCGCCUGGGUUUCCCGCGGCGCAAUUGAUGUGACAGAGAACGCUUGGAUGGGAACUGGCUACACGAACGUGCAGAACCGCACAAACGGUCGCAAUGUUGCUAUUUCGCUUUUCUCUGACAAAUAUACCAAGGUCGGCGCCCAGGCCACAUCUGAGGUGGGUGCCGAGGAUGGAGAUGCUCAGGUUAACUGGGUGACCUCAGGAUCUAACGAUUGCUCAAAUGCUCACGCUGCCACCUUCGGAAGUAACAAUGCCCUCAUCACCUGGGAGGAGAUCUCGAACCCGACUUGUGACUUCAUUGCCAUGGGAUGCCGUGGUUCCUUUGCUGGAACUUACUUCCAGCAAGUUGACUCCACCGGCUCCAAGGUUGGUGAAGCUUUCAGCGCUGACGAUGUUUACGUUGCUGGCGACAUGGUUACUAUGUCAGAUGGUAGAAUCUGCUGGCCCUACGUCAACAUGACUUGGGACCUCUCGCAGCCUAUUGAUGACUCCUCGUCCUCUGCUACUGGCAAAAAGAUGAGCAUUGCCUGCGUGGGCCUCGAUGGUACAACUGAUUCCUCCACGACCGCCGCCACUAAAGUCACCACCAGUGCGACCGCAAAGGUCGCCGUUAGCGAGAGUGCGAGUGCAGUCACCAAGGCCGCUUCAAGUGCAACCACCAUCGAAGCCACAACCCAGACCACCGAAGUCGCUUCAAGUGCAAGCACCACCGAAGCCACAACCCAGACCACCGAAGUCGCUUCAAGUGCAACCACCAUCGAGGCCACAAUCCAGACCACCGAAGUCGCUUCAAGUGCAACCACCAUCGAAGCCCCAAGCCAGACCACUGAAGUCGUAGCCGAAGCUACAAAUGCCGGUGUCGCCGCGAUCGGAAGUGGAUCUGGGAACGCGUCGAGCAGUUCUGUGAUCGAAAUCCCAACGGCUGCGACUAGCGCUGCUGCUAGUGCAAUUCCAAGCAGUACCCCUACUGGAAUUGCCAGGGGCCACGGGCGGAAACACGGCCACGGCUGGGGACACCAUGGCACGCAAACCCACAGUUCAGGACACCACAGUUCGACAUAUGAUGAUGUCUCUGACAGCGAGCCCCAGCUCAGUGGGGCUUGUAAGUCCUAG